UAGUCAGAGCUUAAGCUUUAAGCAUUAGUCUGAUAGGAACACUUCUUUCUCUCUCCACUGAAGUGUCUGACCUGUUCAGUGUAAGCAGCUUUCUAUUUUAUAGGUUCCAUGUUUUAGGUUCUUCUGUAAUGUUUUAAAUAUCCAGGUUGCUAGUUCGAGAUGUUUGUUUAAAGUAGCAUGUUUUGCUGAAACAUCUGAUGACUAGUUUAUCUUAACCACUGCUGAAACACACCUGGACAUUUGCAGAAACAAGGGCUGCAUUUUCUCUGUUCACAAACUUUAAAAAAAAACAUCUGACUAAACUUUAUCCUGUUGUCAGCAGUAUCCCUUUAAAUUACAGUGUACAGGGCGGAGCCACAAAUUACCUGUUUCCUGUGUUUCCGAAUUGCACCACAUUGAACUAAUUGAUUACUGUAAACUGUCUCCUGUUAAUGGCUGAAAUGACAGAUUCUCAGACUGGUUCAGGGCAUUGCCUCAAACCCAGAGUGCUGAUUAUAACAAUACAGAAAUUCAAUUCACACACAAACUUCACAGAACGGGUUGGAGCUUCAAGGGACACUAAGGAACUUCACAAAGUGCUGUCCAAACUGGGCUUCCAGGUGACGUUUAAGAUCGAUUGCACAGCAGAAGAGAUCCUGCAGGAGUACAAACAAGAAAGCUUUCGCAAUCAUGGAUCCUACUUUAUCUCAGUAAUCUCCAGCCACGGUGCAGAAGGAAUAAUUUAUGGAUCAGACGGUUGUCCUAUAAGGCUCUCAGAGAUUUAUUCCAUGUUUACACCACAGAGCUGUCCCACAUUGGCUGGGAAACCGAAGAUCUUCUUCAUCCAGGCCUGUAGAGGGUUGCAGCUUGAUGACGGUGUCUAUCUCGAAACUGAUGGAGUAGUGGAAACAGACAGUGGCUGCUCCACACAGAGUGCCUACUCACAUUAUGAAGCAGUGCCUGAAGACACCACGGUCCAUUUCUCCACCAGUUCAGAUCAUGCUGCUUUCCUCCGACCUGGAUAUGGCUCCAUCUUCCUGCAGAGUCUAUGUAAGAUGCUGAUGGGGGAACAGAGACACUGGGAGCUCCUGCGGAUCAUGACUCGGAUUAAUGGGCUGGUUGCCUGGAGCUUUGAGUCCAGAGGACUGAAUUUCGGGGGCAAAAAGCAGAUGCCUUGCUUCGUUAGUAGGAUGCGACAUGAGGUUUUUCCAUUUUCCGACAGACUGACUCCAGCCUGAUAACCACUGUCAUCCAAUGAAUGACCACUAAUUGUACUAAUGUUUCAUCCAAAAUCUACUUUCACUUAUACAUAGCAUUGUUAAUCAAUUAAAACAUCUCAAAGCAUUUGACAGAAUCAUAUCAAAUAAAGAGACAAUAAAGGAAGACAUUGGACAAGUUGAUUUAAGAACUUUACUAAGAAGUUUAGGGUAAGGACAGUGCUUCCUUAAUGCCAAAAUUCCAAAGAGCAACACUCCUUCAGUACUGACUGUUAAGAAAAUCUAGGAGAUAUGUCCAUUAUGGUCAACAAAUACUGAUUCCCACUUUUUGUUUUAGAUAGGUGUCCUAUGCAAUCAAUUAAGACCUCUGCAAAUGUGGGAAUAAGUAUUAAAGGUGCUGGUUUUAUCACUGCCUGAGAUUUUCUAAUUCCCUGACACAGAUGGCAUGUCUAGGAAAAUUCACCCACAUACCUGUGCAGUCCAAGCCAAAAAAAAAAUUUGUAUUUUGGCUUUAGCUUUCCUUAUUCCCAAAUGAUCUCCUACUGUUAACUCACAUGCCACCCUCAACACCACUUUUCUAUAACUCACGUGUAAUACAGUUUGAACUUCUGCCCAUUUCUUGACCACCUGAAUAUGUGAUGAUCUCCAUUUCCUCAUCAAGAACUAAUUGUUAAGAUAGUAACAUUCCAGCAUACACUCAGAUUCUUUGGUGUAUAAUUUUUGAUUCAAUUGCUUUAGAGUCAUAGAGAUGUACAGCAUGGAAACAGACCCUUCAGUCCAACCCGUCCAUGCUGACCAGAUAUCCCAA